UGCUUAUUACCUGUAAAACCACGAGUUUCAGAAUUAUUUUAAUGUAAAAAUGUAUUAAUUGUAAUGUUUAAGAAAUCAUUUCAACUUUUACACCCGAUUUUAUACCGUACUUCUCCAAAAUCGUGUUCUUUUCCCAUUACGCGUUCAUUUUCUGUUAGUAAACUGCUUUUUAAAAACAUGAAGAUCGGAACCCACGAUGGCGUCUUCCAUUGCGACGAAGUCCUGGCGUGCUUCAUGCUCAAGCAGCUGCCGCAGUACAAGGACGCCGAGAUCGUGCGCACCAGAGACCCGGAGAAGCUCAAGACUUGCGACGUCGUGGUUGAUGUAGGCGCGGAGUUCGACCAUGAGUCGAAGCGGUACGAUCAUCAUCAGAGAGAAUUUAGCGAGACGUUGAGCUCGUUGCGGCCAGAGCUUGGUGAUAAGUAUAAAAUAAAAUUAAGUUCAGCUGGUCUAGUUUAUGCAUAUUAUGGCGAGGGUGUCAUCCAAACCAUCGCUCCUAAGGAAGUCCCCCUGCAAUCGGAAGAUUUAAGAAUAAUUUACAAGAAAGUAUAUGAAAACUUCAUUGAAGAAAUAGAUGCUAUUGAUAACGGAGUACCUAUGACCAGUGAAGAGCCAAAAUACAAGAUAAGAACACAUUUAAGUGCAAGAGUGGGUCGCUUAAAUCCAGAAUGGAACUCUAGUGCUACAGUGGAUCUAGAUGAAGUGUUUAAGAAAGCUAUGAAACUUGUCAGCGAAGAGUUUGUUUACACAACGAGCUAUUUUAUAUCAGUUUGGCUGCCCGCUAGAGACUAUGUCAAGUCUGCGAUAGAAUCUAGAUUUGAGGUUCACAAGUCUGGCCAGAUUCUGGAGUUUACAGAGAGGUUCCCUUGGAAGGAGCACCUGUUUGACCUGGAGACGGAGAUGGGGCUGGGCCUAGAGAUCAAGUAUGUGCUGUUCAACGACAAGCCCAAGUCAUGGCGGGUGCAGGCCGUGCCUCAGAACCCUACCAGCUUUCUUACCAGGAAACCUCUCCACAAGGACUGGUGGGGCGUCCGCGACGAAUUACUCAGCGACGUGGCCGCCAUACCUGACUGCAUAUUCUGCCACAGCACCGGCUUCAUUGGCGGCAACGCCACGAGAGAGGGCGCGCUUAAAAUGGCCGUCGCCAGCUUGGAAGCUUAA